UCUUUUCAAAAAAGAAUAGUAGAUUUUUUGCAAUUAUGGUUUUGUUUUAGCUUUUGCCUCUUCUGGUUAGCUAAGUAAACACAAGCGUGUCGACUAGUUUAUCCUUCACUUCUCUACUUCUCUCUCUAAUUAUUCUCUCUCUCUCUCUCUCUCUCUCUCUCUAUACUUCUUGUUAUUGUUUCUGAUUUGUCAUUGAUCUCUCUCUCUCUCUCUCUCUCUCUCUCCCCCUCCCUCUCUGUCUCUGUUCAAGAAACAAGCAGACUUGGUUUCUGGAUCUGCUACAUCUUGCUGCAAUCUUUUGCAGAAACAUUAGUACACUUGAUUGAAGUGUCUGAUGGAAGAAAAGCAAUUGGAUUUUAAUCAGCCACUUCUAUCUGUGAGGAGGUUCUCAUCAACAGGAUCAACCACAGAAGCUGAUCACAAAAGGAAAACUGAUAAUACUCAUCCCAAAUUACCCCCGCUUCCUGUUUAUAAGUCAGAAUUGAAAUCCGGUCCAGUGAGGAACCCGGGAACUGUUCCUUUUUUAUGGGAGAAAACCCCAGGAAGGCCCAAGUAUGAAAGCAAACCACGAAAUGCAGUUCUUGCACAACCUCCUGUUGUCCCAAAGCUUCCACCGGGGCGGAUUUUGAAUGUUGAAAGACAAGCGUUAGAUAUAGAUUCUGAAGGCAUGGCUGGUGGUCAGUCUGAAGCAAAAAGUGGUGUUUCAGGCUCUUACAGUGUUCCUUCUUUGGAAAAAAUUGUAACUGAAGAAGAGAGCUCCAGAGAGGUAAAAGAGGAGACAGACAUCUCUGGUUCAGAGGAUGAUGAUGAGGCCUAUGUAGAUGCACUUGAUACACUUUCUCGGUGUGAAUCAUUCUUCUUGAACUGUAGUAUAAGCGGAGUGAGUGGGUUGGAUGGUCCAGAUAUGAAACCAUCUGGCACUUUCUCUACAGAUCCACAAACUCGAGAUUUCAUGAUGGGUCGAUUCCUGCCUGCAGCAAAGGCAAUGGCUUCAGAAACUCCUCAACAUUCUACUAGGAAGCUACCUGUUGUACAAGAACAGCCAAACAAGUUAAAGAAGAUGGUAUCUGUGGAUGAAAAUUAUACAGUCAAUCAAUGUAGAAGACUGAACAAUAUACUACAUUAUAACCAAGCUGAUGCAGUGGAAGAAAAUGAACAGGAGGAUGAUUAUUUUGAUGGAUCAGACAAUACAUCUCUUAAAGUUUGUGGGCUGUUCCCUCGGUUAUGCUUACAAAAUUCCUUUUGUCUUCUGAAUCCUGUACCAGGGAUGAGAAAACAAGCCCACUUACACAUUUCUUCAUCUAAUCUGAAGAAAGUUAACUCUUCAUUUGCUGCUCGUUGCAGUGAAACCGUCAGUGAGCAUGAUAAGGAUGCUGCACGCAAGCAAAGAUCAGCGGGUGCACUCCGAACGACAGGGUUGCAUGAAGAUAAGAAUGAGCUGAAAAAUGAAUCAAAUAAGAUUGCUAGAAGAAAUGAUCAUCAGAAAUUGGACGGAUCGUCUCUAUACAAGCGUUUGCAGGGUAAUGAUGCAUCACCAUACCAAGGCAAAAUUUCUCAAUCUGCUGUUGAUGGAGAAAAAGGGGAUAUAGCGAUUACUGAUAAAUCUAAAAAUUCUGGGAUGAGCGGCUUUAAAGCAGAUACAAAAGGUGGCAAAAAUUUUCGAGAAUUAUUGGCCAUAGAGAGUGAAGAGUGGGAAUCAACUUCUGCUAGUCCUACGGUUGAGAAAACUCUGUACAUAGAUUGUGUACAUAUGCUAAAACCUCAAAUUUCAAAUUCAAGUUCUACAGAUAUGAAAGGCAUAUUUCAUGAUGGAAAAGAUUCUGUCAAUGAUUCUUCACUUCAAGCUAUGAAGCAUGUUGAUGCUGUGGGCGAAAAGGGAAAUGUGAUGGCUGAAAGUCUGGAGUCUGCUGAUUCUUGUCUAUCAUCUGGCAGAUCAAUGCAUGAUGUGCAAACAGUUUUGGUGGAUAAUUCCAGGCAAGAUCAAGAACUUAUAGGAACCUCUGUUACACCAGCAAGCCCAAAAGUGGAUGAGGAUAGGAAGAUCAUUUCAGAAAGACAAAUGGGUCAGAUAUCAGGCAAAGUGGAAAGUUGUCAUGGCCUUGUCCAGGAUCCUAUCAAGAUGAGAAGCACAAAAGUGGCUGAUGAUAGAAAGGUUGAUCUAGAAAGCAAACAUCCGGAAAAAUUAAGUGAUCAAGAGACUUCUACUGGCUACUACUCUCUACUACCUCUUCCCCCACCAUUACCAAAUUCUCCAUCGGAGUCUUGGCUAAAGCGAACUUUACCUGCUGUUUCCUCAAAGCACAUGUCUUUAAGGUCUACUCUAGGUAUGCAUGCUUAUCCUAGAGUUCAGGCUUCCAAAUUGGAUUCCCCUGAUCUUACAUGGGAAACCAUUGUCAAAACUUCAAAUGUACAACAUGGAAAUUUGCGAUUUUCGGAGGAAUUGCUUACACCAAUACCUGAAGUUUAAACUGCAAGGCUCAUUUUAGUACAAUGGCUGAAGGAUAUGCUCUGCAGGAAUGCACAUUGUUUUGUGGUUUGCAUAGUUGUGAAGAACAUAAUCCAUCUUCCUGAUAUUUUCAGUCUCCAAAGUGCUUCAGUUUUUUAGAAUUGGUAUAUAUUGUAAUUGUAAAUCAAGAAAACCAGCCAAUUCUCUUCCACUAAUAAGAAUUUAUGAUUAGCUAUUUUCUUGUAAA